AUGACUCGCCUCUCCACCGCUCUUUGCGCGACACUCGCACUUGCUUCUUCUUCCGUCACCGCUAGCUCAUUCUCUCCAAUCUACCCUCGCCAAAAUUCCACCGACUCGAACUCGACCUGCCCAGGAUAUCGUGCCAGCGAUAUCAAGACUACCGCCAAUGGCUUGUCCGCGAAGCUCACACUCGCUGGAGCUCCCUGCAACCUUUAUGGGACUGACCUCGAGGACCUCACUUUGACUGUUGAGUACCAGACUGACUCUCGUCUCCAUGUCCUGAUCCAGGACGCGGACCAGCAGGUCUACCAAGUUCCCGAGUCGGUCCUGUCCCCUCCAACUGGUGGCUCGUCUAAGAAUGGCUCGAGCGCGCACAUUUUUGACUACGUCGUGGAGCCAUUCAGCUUCAAGGUCAAGCGUCGUGCUUCCGGCGAGGUCUUGUUUGAUACCUCGGCUGCUUCUCUGAUCUUCGAGGAUCAGUAUGUUCGCCUGCGAACAUCUCUUCCCGAAAACCCCAGCCUUUACGGCACUGGAGAGCACACUGAUCCAUUCAUGUUGAACACCACCGAUUACACGCGCACUGCCUGGAACCGUGACGCCUACGGCACACCAGCAGGCUCCAAUCUUUACGGCACUCACCCAAUCUACUUCGACCACCGCGGCGAGAAUGGCACUCACGGUGUCUUCCUUCUCAACUCGAACGGCAUGGACUUUAAGAUUGAUAACACAGGUGGCCAGCACCUCGAGUACGACUUGACGGGUGGCGUCUUGGAUUUCUAUUUCUUGGCUGGUCCCACACCUGUCGAGGUCUCUCAGCAGUAUUCCGAGGUCGUUGGAAAGGCCGUCAUGAUGCCGUACUGGGGUCUUGGCUUUCAACAGUGCAAAUACGGAUACCGCGAUGUUUACGAGGUCGCCGAAGUUGUCGCCAACUACUCUGCCGCCAACAUUCCUCUCGAAGUCAUGUGGACCGACAUUGACUACAUGCAUCUUCGCUGGGUCUUCACCCUGGACGAGUACCGCUUCCCAUUGGCGCUCAUGCGCCAGCUUGUCUCCACACUGCACGCCAACGACCAGAAAUAUGUGGUCAUGGUUGACCCUGCGGUUGCCUACGAGAACUACGACGCAUUCAACAACGGUGCCGCCGCUGAUGCGUUCAUGGUCUCUUCCAACGGUUCGAUCUACAAGGGUGUCGUCUGGCCUGGUGUCACCGCAUUUCCUGAUUGGUUCCAUCCAAACACACAAGACUAUUGGAACUCGGAGUUCCUCACUUUCUUUGAUGGCGAUACUGGUGUCGAUAUUGACGCACUCUGGAUCGACAUGAACGAGCCAAGCAACUUCUGCGACUAUCCCUGCAGUGAUCCCGACGCAUACGCAUCCGCCAACGGCUUCCCUCCCCAGGCACCCGCUAUCCGUCUCGGAUCUCCACGCGCGAUCGCUGGCUUCCCCGAUGAUUUCCAGCCACAAUGCAAGGCACAGGUCACUUUCAGUGUCACUGCAUCGACCAACUUUGGGGAGAACAUUGUUUUGUUCGGCAGCGCAAUCACUAUUGGCAACAGCACAGAUAUCACUGGUGCCGCUCCUCUCAACGCCAACAGCUAUCCYGUGUGGAGCGCCACGGUCGAUCUGCCAGCCAACACCCUCGUCAGCUACCAAUUCGUUCGUACACAGACCGACGGCUCGUUUGUCUACGAGACUGGUGCCAACCGCACCGUCACCACCGGCGAUUGCGACAGUACGGCGCAGGUUUCCAACCUCACCAUUACUUCCACUUCUCCCGUCUCAGCGAAGGCGCGUCGCUUUACCGAGUUCUCUUACCUGGACCACCCCGCUUCCAACGAGAAGCGCCAGGCUACAGGCAACAAGCUCGGUCUUCCCGGUCGUGAUCUCCUCAACCCACUGUACGAGAUCGCCAACGAUGCUGGCACAGACCUCAGCAGCAAGACUGCGGACGUUGACAUUGUCCACUACGGUGGCCAUGUCGAGUACGAUGUCCACAACAUCUACGGCCACAUGAUGUCGACCGCCUCUCGUACAUCAAUGCUUGCCCGCCGACCUAACGUCCGCCCGCUGWUCAUCACGCGGUCCACAUUCGCGGGCGCCGGCAGCUUCGUUGGCAAGUGGCUCGGCGACAACCUUUCCAUCUGGCAACACUAUCUGAUCUCCAUCUCUGAGAUCCUCGAGUUUGCCGCCUUCUACGGAAUGCCCAUGGUCGGCACUGACGUCUGCGGUUUCGGUGGCAACACGAAUGAGUUGCUCUGCGCGCGCUGGGCCACUCUUGGUGCUUUCGCUCCCUUCUACCGCAACCACGCGCAGAACGAUGCGAUCUUCCAGGAGUUUUACCGUUGGGACAUUGUCGCCGAGGCUGCUCGGAAUGCGAUCGAGAUCCGCUACAAGCUCCUUGAUUACAUCUACACCGCAUUUUACGAGCAGACCGUCAGCGGCACACCCUUGAUUCAGCCCAUGUUCUUCCACUACCCCGAGGACAGCAACACAUUCCCGCUUGGCUUCCAGUACUUCUACGGACCUGGUCUGUUGGUCGCUCCAGUGACCGAGGAGAACAGCACCACCACGACCUUCUACAUGCCUGAUGAUAUCUUCUACGACUUCUAUACGCACGAGAAGAUCAUYGGCACGGGUGAGAUGGUCACGCUGACGGAUGUGGCUUACACCACCAUUCCUCUCUACUACAAGGGAGGCAGCAUUCUGGCUCAGCGUGAGAGCGGUGCCAACACCACUACCGACUUGCGCAAGCUGGACUUUGAGAUUGUCAUCGCGCCCGAUGCCGACGGCAAGGCUUCUGGAGAUCUCUACCUCGAUGAUGGAGAGAGCUUAGAGCAGGCUUCCACCACCUACAUUCACUUCGAGUACGCCGAUGGCGUCUUGACCUCCAGCGGCACUUUUGGCUACGAUGUUGGUUGUUCGAUCAAGACCGUCACCCUUCUGGGCGGCGAGACUCCCACUGGCUAUGGCUCGCGGGUCGCUACUGGAUCCAGCAACCUCUCGCUCACUGAAGCUUUCAGCCAGGUGGUCUGA